UAGAGAUGGAUGCAAAGUGACAUUUGUGCUGUUUUUUGGGCAACUUCCAAGAGAAAUGGAAAGUGACACUGGUGAAGAAAAAAGUUACACUGAGAACUCAAAUUGUUGCAAAGAAAUCCGCAUCGUCCUCUUGGGAGGAAAAUUUUGUGGUAAAAGUGAGACAGGAAACACCAUAUUGGGAUGCGAGGGCUUUGACCAUGAAGAUGAGACUGUAGGAAACACAGUGAGACAUGGCGAGGUAGCAGGCAGAUGGAGGGUGACUCUGGUGGAGUCACCUGGUUGGUGGAAGACCCUCUACCCUGACGAGACUUUGGAGCUAACGAAGAUGGCGUUGAUCCAAAGCGUGUGCCUAUGUGCUCCAGGACCUCACGCCUUUCUGCUGGUUGUUGACUUAGAUAGCAUACUGGAGGAAAAGAGUGGGAAGUCAGUUGAGGAGCAUCUGGAGCUUCUGGGAGAUGGAGUAUGGAAUCACACCCUGGUUCUGCUGAAGUAUGGAACCUGGCAGCAGACGUACACCACUGUUGGAGAGUACAUGGAAAAGAGAGGGAAGGUUCUUCGUAGGAUUGUGGAGAAAUGCAGUGGAAGAAGCCACAUCCUCAACAACAACAACUAUAAAAGUUCAAGAACACAGGUGAUAGUGCUACUUGAAAAAAUAGAGAAAAUGGUGGCUGCAAAUGGUGGAAAACUGUUUGAAGUGGAUGCUGAGGUUGCACAAGAUGUGGAGAGACGAAUGACAGAUGUGAACAAGAAAGCAAAGGAGAGAGAGAUGGGGUCCAAAGCUGACAGAGAUGCUCUCAGGGAAACUUACAAAGAUGAAAUGUAUCAUCUACCAGAGAUCAAACUUCUUCUGGCCGGCUGGUUCCUGUCUGGGAAAACUAGGGUAGCAGACACCAUACUGGGCAUCCCACUGGGAGAAAGGAAGAGAACCCACCACAGUGAGUUGCGACAAAGCCAGGUGGGUCGAUGGAUGGUCCAGCUGGUAGACACUCCCGGCUGGUUGAGAUUCAGCUCCCUCAAAGACACUCCAGAGAUGGUGAAGCAGGAGAUAAUAAGAGGAGUUUCACUCUGUAGUCCGGGGCCACAUGCCAUCAUCCUGGUUGUCUCCGCUAGCGUCGCUUUCACCAAGGCCCACUUGAGGUCCAUCAGGGAGCACAUGAGUCUUCUGGCUCCUGAUGUUUGGAGACACACUCUUGUUCUCUUUAGCUGGUGUGACAGCAUUGGAGGAACCACUGUGGAGCAGUUCAUAGAGAGUGAAGGCAGCGCCCUCCAGUUGUUGCUAAGAAAAUGUAACAACAGGUACCACAGCUUCAACAUCAGGUCAGAUGAUCGGACCCAAGUGACAGGACUUCUUGAAAAAAUUGAGUGGAUGGUUGCAGAGAACAGCAUCCUCCGUCUCAGUGCAAAUGAGACAGAGAAGUGGGAAGAAGAAGAAGCUGUCACAGAGACCAUGUCACCACUAGGAGAGUCUCUUGUUGAGAUGUUUGAGAAUGUUUACAAAGGGAAGGAGGAAGACCUCAUUAUGAGCCUUAGGAGGAUACUAGUCAGGCAAGAGGAUACUCACAGCAUAUCUCAACCCCCAGAUAUGUCUGAUGAAGAAUGCGAGUCCAAUGAGAGGAAGCUGUCUACAUGGCUGAGGGAGCAGCAGUGUACAAGAGAAGAUACGUCUGAGUAUCAUUCUGAUCUUGAGUCAUUAUGGAGCAAUCAGUAGUAUCAGCAGUCGGAGAUCAAGGAGUAAACAGAUGUGCAAUAUAUUGUAGUGUAUGUAUCGAUUGUAGCAUUGAAUACUUUGGAUUCAAGUUAGAUAAUGACAUUUGUGUCAGUUUAUUAGAUAAAGCGAAAACUAGCUGAAACUAAUGUAGUCUAAUACAAGUGCAAUGCGUUCAUGAAUGUUAUAAUGUUCCGUUUUUGCUGAAACUGUAACUUUAUGGCCAUUUAGUAGGGUUUGUGAUGCUGUUGAAUUGUGCGAUUUUAUACUGUGAUGAUUUUCUAAUGGGUGUAACACUGUUUAACAGCUCCACCAACUGCAGCUUCCAAACUGAUCAAAAAGUUGAAUCAACACCUUUCAAAAACAGUUUCAACAAAAAACCUUUAUGAAUGUAGGAUUUAUUGCAGGGUUGUUGGAUUAGUUUUAGUUUUAGCAAGGUGUGCCUAAUAACUUGUGUGCAAUAUUCUGUGAUAUUUUUAAGUCUCAAUCUGUAAAAGUUUGAUAUAAACUGUAAAUGUUUAUGUAUUAUAAAUGAAUCAUGUAUCUCUCAUUAAUGAAAGUAUUAGUAUAAGUUACAGUGCAUGUGAAUUUCUGAAUCUCCAAAGAAUGAAAGUGUCUGAUUACUGAUUAAAGGAAUAGUUUGAAUAGUUUGGGGAUAUGUGCUGUUCACAAUACCACUUUCAUGUCUGUCCGUUGAAUGUACAUCAUACAAUUUUGCCAAUUAGAGGAGGAGUAGGCCGAGUCAUGACUUUGCCACCCUGGGAAAAGCUGGAAGAGUUGUGAGUGAAUGUUAGCUCAGCUUGUUUCUCUGAUAACUUAAGAUCCAGAUGUCCAAUGACUAAAAUCCCUCAUCCGGUUAAAAUACUUGGUUAAAAACAACCAAGAUUUAAAAAGUGCAAUGUGACUUGUGGCAAACGUGCCUGGAGUAAAAGUCACAUAGUCUCAUUUGAAUAUAUUAUGCUGUAUAUAGAAGCAUGUAUGUGGUUACAUUCAUUGUUCCUGUGUGACU